GGUCGUUUUCCACCGAGGAUGCAUUACCAGGCUACUCCCGACAGCCGAGCUGCCCCUCAUUUUCCAAGGUCUCACCUUGCUGAAGCAGUUGCCAAAGCCAAGGCAGGUGGAGGUGGUGGUGGAAGCACUGGUGGAACUGGGAGAGGUCUUGUCGGGCAGAUUAUCCCUAUAUAUGGAUUUGGCAUCUUCUUAUAUAUCCUGUACAUUUUAUUUAAGCUGGCUUCCAAGGGAAAAACUAUUGCUGGAGAGCGGAAAUGCCCUACUGCUGCACCUGGAAACAUGAAGAGGAAAAUCACUGACUAUGAGCUCACUCAACUUCAGGAAAAGCUGAGAGAAACAGAAGAAGUUAUGGAAAAAUUAAUCAACAGAGUAGGACCUAACUGUGACAGCAGGACUCAAAAUGUUACAACAGACCAGGAAAAAAGGUUACUUCAGCAACUCCGAGAAAUUACUAGAGUUAUGAAAGAAGGAAAAUUCAUAGAUGGCAUCUCUCCUGAGAAGGAAGCCGAAGAAGCUCCUUACAUGGAGGACUGGGAAGGUUAUCCAGAAGAGACCUAUCCUGUCUAUGAUAAUUCCGAUUGCUUCAAGCGCAAACAGGACACAAUCCUUGUAGAUUACCCUGACCUGAGCCAGCCCUCCGCAGAAGAGCUGGCAGAAAGAAUGGAGGGCAUGGAAGAUGAGGAGCAUCUGUGCAAUGAAACCUUGCUAUCUGAUCUCCCCAUGGGAAGGGGCGGUCACGGUUUAACACAGAAAAAGGACAAGGUAACUGGCAUCGAUGAAGAGGAGAGGGACCUUUAUCACAGCCAAAGCACUGAGGAGUGCUGCUGUUGUUACGAGGAUGACGAUCCUGCUGUCAUAGCGGAAAAUGCUGGAUUCUACUCUGAGAGCUGCAGCGAAGCAGAAGAGUCAACCCAAGAGGACCUGUCUGUGGAGUCAGAAAAUGAAAAUGCAGCACUGAAAAAGCAAAAAGCCAGUGAUUCAGAUGAAACAGGCACACUGAGAAAGCGCAACACCAAAGGACUUGAGUAAUACAGACAACCGUGGAUGUUAUCUAGAUGGUGAAGGUAGAGGUCAUAAACUGUCAUUCGUGUGUUUUUUGUUCCCAGUGAAGACUUCUCUGUGUACAUAUCCUUGUACCAAUUUCAUUCCUGUGGUGACAAUCACUCACAUCAUCUGCCUGAACUGGAAGCCAAUGUCCUCUUUCAUGCAGUCUUGUCAUGCUUGCCAUGAUGUUUCUCCUUGCUUUUUGGAGACUGGUGUCUUGGAGCAGAUUAUUUGGUUCAGAUAUUUGUGAUUCUUUCUGAUUCUGAAGGAAUAGUCCUUGGUUUUGCCCUUUGUCAUCCCAGAGUUAACCAAAUGCCUCUUCUGACUUUCUCAAAAACAU